AUGAGAGACAAUAAGCCAAUAAUCCUAACAAGAAAAAAGCCUGAAGAACAGAGUAAGGCAAGAGACGGGGUUCCUGAGGACACGGGCCUGAGAAUAGUCAGCAAGAGGGUAGGAGAUGCCAUAGCGAAUGCAAGGGCCCAGAAGGGCAUGUCAAGAAAGGACUUGGCCCAGAAGAUGAAGAAAAAUGUAUCCAUAAUCGACAGCUGGGAAAGAGGGGAGGCAGUGUAUAACGAGAAGAUUGCGAAGGAGUUUGAGAGCAUCCUCGAGGUCAAAACUGAUUGGAAAUAA